GGGGGCUGGAUCCUGCCCGCUGCCGAACCGCACUGGGGACAGGGGCACAGGGGCUCCACUGCCGCCAGCCCCCGCGCGGACACCGCCAACCGGAGCCAUGGCGUCGCAGCUGGAAGGGGCCAUGGAGACGCUCAUCAACGUCUUCCACCACUACUCGGGCAAAGAGGGGGACAAGUACAAGCUGAGCAAGAAGGAGCUGAAGGAGCUGCUGCAGAGCGAGCUGGGCUGCUUCCUGGAGACCCAGAAGGACACGGGUGCCGUGGAGAAGAUCAUGCAGGACCUGGAUGAGAACGGCGACGGGGAGGUGGACUUCCAGGAGUACGUGGUCCUGGUGGCCGCCCUCACCGUGGCCUGCAACACCUUCUUCUGGGAGAACGCCUGACCCAGGCCAGUCCCCGCCCCGCGCCCAAGCCACCAGCCACGGCGUCCCCAAAAUGCAGAGCCCCCCCCCGCCACCCUCCCAGCUCGCCCUCUGCUCCCCAGCACACCUGGGGGAUCCCACCGGGAUCCAGCUCCACAAUAAAGGCACCAACCCAGCCA